AUGGGUCGUGAGAGGAGCGGCAAUGAAGUGGUAGGUUUGAUGAUAGUCAAGACUCGAGAUGCAGCUGAAGCUCUGGCAGAGACUGAUGCUUCUUCUCAAUCACUACACCAUCAUCGUCGACGCAGCAGCGGCGGCCGCACCAUCUCGUCGGGAUCAAACGCGGAGAAGGAGGUUCAGGCAGUCAUGCCGGCUCCAACCAGUGCCUCCAACGGUGCGCUCGAAGCCAUUCUUCGAAAGGUGGUCGGCGACAGCGACACUGCUGCUCCUUCUGCCACAAAUGCUCGCACCUCCAGCCGCAGUCAUGCGAACGGGGACUCUUCCGCUGCGCUUGCAGCAGCCUCUCAAUUUCUUGCAGACGGCUUCCAUCAUGCCGGAUCGACGUCCAACCCACAGGCGAACGGACGAGGUAGUCCGCAUAGCGAGGAGGAGAUUGCACAUACGCUCAAUCGCCUUCUCGUAUCAGGUGUCAUCGUGCCGCUGAUCGACUCGCCAUCAAGCUGGGCCUAUGGGAAAGCACGCAAUGAAUCGACAAAUGCUGGUAUCGGAGUGCGUCAAGCCCUGGACACACUAUCCCGAACACUCAGCGCUUCCCCAAAAUACCUCGAGCAUCUCUUCGAACCUGCGGAGCAUGCCUCGGCGACAGCUUCGACGAGCGCCUUGACACUCGACAUGGCCAACACCACCUUCGAUGUGUGGGCAACUCCCCGCCUUCUGUGUGCAGCUGCCUCUAUGCUCGCAGCGAGCCGCUCUUGUCCAGCGAUGAAAGAGCCCGAGACUGCCGAACACAUCAAAGAUCCUUCUCAGCACAUCCUCGAGCACUUGCAACUGCUGCUGGCUACAUCGACGGAAGCCGCUGGUCAGAUCGACAACGUCCGCUAUGUCCUCGCUGAAUGUUUACGAGCAUCCGUACAUGCGCUCGCGCAGACAAGAGAGACCUCCUUCGGCUCCUCUGCCCGCCUCCCCGACUUCGUCGUACCAUCCGCCCUGCAGCAAGCACGGCAUAAAGACUUUUCGUCAACCUCAACACCUACCGUCUCGUUCUUCCGCUCUUCAAUCUUGGAUCCUGCGUUCCGUCUUUCCUCGCGCAAGGACCGGCCAAAGCCAAGCGGCAAAGGUCUUGCUGCCUUGUCUCCUUCACAGAUGGACGCCGCCUUCUCCUUCUCGCUCCGCACUGCUACUGAGGACGAAGGGCCCAAGUCAGUAGACUCAGGAGACGCACGUACGGCUGCAGGCCCGGUCACUCUAGCAGAGGCGCUCUUUCUCGUCUCCACAGAUCUUUGCCUUCGAAUGGCAGAGAGGUAUCCAGUCUACUUCAUUGAUCUCACAGACCAUGCCGUCCUCUUGUUCGUCGAGCAUCUGCAACACCGGUGGACGUGCGCCAAGCAAAAGAGCCUCAGUCCCUCUUCGCAAAUGCCUUUGGCUGCCCAGACUUACGCCGUUAUAAGCAGCCACAUCGAAUUCCUAUCCGAAUCUUAUCCAGGCCACCUGACGAGAUCCCUGCAGGUGGCUGUGGAGCAAAUGUCGCAGCUUCUAGACACACACGAACACCUCGAUGCCGACCAAGAGCGCACUCUUGCUUCGAUCGGGGCUUGCUUCAGCUCGUGUGCUCUCGAAGCAAGCAAUGAACGAAAGCCCGAGUUGGCGGCGAUCCUCCAGCCCUAUCAAACUCUGAUCACCCUUCAAAUGCGGCUGGGAGCGCAACAAAUUGUUCAGUCAUCGUAUCCAGUGCGACAGUCUGCCCACACGUGCUCGGUGUUGGCCCUGCUCUUCUGGGCUCUCUCGAGCGGAUGUCGCUGCGAAACAACCUUCAUGCAAGAGCUGGAUGCACAACUCACCACCUUGCUCUAUCACUCACAACACGCUGCACAGAGCAACGACUCUGUCAAUCGACUCAAGCGACUCAGUCUUCUCUUGCGGGAUCACAUCGACGCUCAGGCUUCUCCGACGCAACAAAUUCGCAAUUCUUCGGUCUCGGAACGCAUCGAUCGCUUGAAGAGACGCAAGAUGCAUGGUAGAGCCGCAUCGAUCAGAGCGAUCACGAUCUUGGAUACCUUGCUCCCCCUGGACCCUUCCGUCCCUGCGUCCAAGGGAUCUGAAGCCCAUCCGUUUGAGCUGUCGAGACGACGCCUGAUUCUGCAAGCAUGUUCUCGCGUCGCUAACCGAGGAGAUUCGGUUGCUUUACAAGACGAGCAAAGCCCUUGUCUAUGCGAGCUCCCAGCUCCUAUUAGCAUAGGGCAGGGAAAUGUGCCGACAAAGGGCAAGGGCGAACGCCUCGAUCACGCCGCUACCGCCGCCAUGUGGAAAGACGUUAUGAGCCAGGUCAAAGCGUCCCCCUUGCUUUCAUCUCGCACCAUUGAUAUGCUUCGUCGCUGCGUUGCGCACUCGACCAUCGCCGAGGCGCUGCCCUACAGUGGCGACAAGAACGUGGUCAACAUCAUCAAGCAUUCCCUGCGAGCGAAAGCCCGCGCAUCGCGCAUCGCCACCAACGAGCUUGCUUUGGUGUAUCAGAAUCGUCUCAUUCAGCAACGAAAUGCGAACAACGAGGAGGAGUGGAUGUCUCGCUUCCUGGAGAUUCCCAGGCAGUAUGAGAACGUGCUGGCGGACGUCAAUGUGGCUUUCUGCCACGAAACUGCACUGAUCGGUCUUGCCGGUCUCUUUGCGCUGCCAGUCGAAAGCUGCCAAGAGAUCUGCUUGCUCACACUUGUCCUGCACCUGGGUCAUGCGAAUCCUUUUCUGAAAGCGUGCGCUUACACGCAGAUCGUGCAGAUUGCCUCUGCGCAACGGUCCACGACUUUUCAACUGGUCCAGAAGCAUUUCGAAAAGGUGUCGACAUCCAUUGUGGAGCGCUUCAUCUCGAUGCCCGACCUUUGGACGAGCUUUUUGAGCCUGAUCAAGAUGAAUCAAGCCACUUUCUUCAACCUGACCAAGGAGUACACGCUCCCUCACCUCAUCACCAUGAUUUGCUCCGGCGACGGAUCUGCCGAGGUGGGGACCAAGAUGAUAGAGUUGAUUGCCCGUGCCCUUGGUACCGACGUGCCCAGACUCUGUCACGACAAUAUCACUCCCAUCUUCCGCUCGUUCUUCAUGCGGUCCGCCUCGCUGCGAAACCUCGGCCUGAACACACUCGUUCAGCUGAUUGGUGUAGACGCAGCCAGUCUCAAGGUGCUUUUGCGCAGUCGCCAAUCCGAUGUUGUCGGCUAUCUCGUCGUCAAGCUCGGAAAUCGUGCCACGCGGGCGGAAGCGUACGAAGGGCUCGAAUUUAUCAUCGAGACGAUCAGCGGUACGGCUGCUGCUGCUAGGUCCAAAGAUCCGGCGAUGCGUAGAUCGAAAGUGGCGACUUUCCUUAAGGGUGAAAUCCUCGCCAUACUCACCUGGAUCAACCAGGAGCUAUCGGGAGAACACGGUAAGAGGACAGCGACCGAGCUCGCUUUUGCGCUGCGUAGCAUCGGAGCGCUGGUCGAGAUCAUUGGACCGCCCAUCAGCGCAGUCACGCCUCAGAUCAUGGCCACGCUCAACAGUCACCUCCAGCCAGACUCGCUGAGCCUAACGACGCUCGAGAGCUGGAAGAUCUUCAUCACAACUCUGCGCUUCGUUGAUGUAGGGCCUUUUGUCGGUCAAACUGCCGCCGCCUUGCUGUCGGCGUGGGAUCGUUUCAAUCCCGAGCGGAAAGGAAUUGCGAUCUCCAUCCUGCAUUACCUCAUCCUCGAGAACGCCGCCUACCUCAAAGACUUUAUCGACGACAUUCCAAGCCUGGACCGCCUCGACGCUGAGAUUCCGGACAUCUGUCGCGGUCUACGUGGCGUCAGAGAGACGUGGAACAACGACCGCCGCUUCCGAAACAUUCUCGAUCGUUCAUCAAACGAGAACACUUCCAUCUGCAAUGAGUCGCUGAGGGAGUUGCAAGCCUUCCUAAGCGAGGAGCGCGGCUACAUCGAGGCGCUGACGUCCGGUGACUCGUUCGGUCCGCUCAUCGGUCAGUGCAUCCGCACGCUGAUGCACGUCGCCACACGCAACGAUGCCCAUCACACCGACAUCCGCGACAUUGGUUUCCGCUGCUUUGGCCUCAUCGGGGCUGUGGAUCCGGAUCGUAUCGAGCACGCCGUCGAAGAGCCUGUCAAGAUCAUUUUAAGCAAUUUCGAGGAUCAGGAGGAGGUGAUCGACUUUUCGCUCCAUCUCAUUCGCGACCUGCUCGUGCCUGCAUUCCGAGCGGCGACGGAUACGACUCAACAAAAUGGACUCGCGUACGCAAUCCAAGAGCUGCUCAAGGUGGCCGGCUUCAAUAGUUCCAUUCUCGCCACGGGCUCUAACGCCCGAACCAUAGGCAUCAAGACAAAGCAACGCCUGGCAGACCUGCCUCAAGACGUUGUCGACACAAUCACGCCGCUACUCGACUCGAGGUACGGCGCGCAGGUGGGCAAACCGAGCGUCCGCAAGACUCCGAUCUACACGCAUUCGCGCUCGUACAGUGACUGGCUGCAGAGCUGGACAAGCCGGCUCAUCACCAAGACAGUGGGCAGAUCCGACUCUAACGCCGCUGCACUCGCCGGCGCUGGGCCGAUCAAGAGUGGCGCAGCAGCCGCCUCCACCAUCUUUGGCGUUUUUCGUGUCGCCAUUCGAUCGCACGAUGUCGGCAUUGCGCGCCAUCUGCUUCCGCACCUCGUCCUGCAUUCCAUCAUCUCUGGCGACGACAUGGACCGAGAAGCAAUCGUGGAUGAGAUUCAAACCAUCCUCAGGGAUCAAGUCGAGAGUCAGACAGACUACGAGGCCGAGAGAAAGCUUCUGACCGCUCAAACGCUCUUCACCGUCAUGGAUCAUGUCGGCGUGUGGAUGCGCCGCAAGCGUCAGGACCUCGCAAGGACCUCGCGUCGACCCAGGAUAGCUCAGGGCGGAGAAGAGGUGCUAGCUGUGGUAGAAUCAAUCAUGCUUCGCAUCUCGCAAGAGCUUCUGGCCCAGGCUUCGUUGCAGUGCAAAGCGUACUCGCGUGCGUUGCUCAACUUUGAGCUCCGUGUGCGCGCUAUGCGCUCAGAAGGAAAAGGCGACGAUGACUUGCAAGGCUACUUCGAGAACAUGCACAGAAUCUACGCCAACCUCGACGAACCGGACGGCAUGGAGGGUAUCUCCACUAGAGUCAUCGCCCCUUCGCUCGAGCAUCAAAUUCGAGAGCACGAAAGCACGGGUCGAUGGACCUCGGCGCAAAGCUGCUGGGAAGUCGAAAUUCAGCAGCGACCCGACGAUCCGGAACUUCACCUUGGCCUGCUCCGCUGCCUGCGCAACCUGGGCCACUACGACACCAUGCGUACGCAUAUCCGCGGUGUUCUGAGUGCCCAUCCAGAGUGGGAAGAUCUUCUCGAUGCGUUCCGGGUCGAGGGUGCCUGCAUCCUUGGCGACUGGGACGAGGUGGAGGCUCGUACUCGCCGCAGCCAGGCCAAGAGUCCCGAACACUCGAUCGGCCGGGCCUUGCUAGCCAUGCGGCAGAACGAUGCCGAGGUAUUCGGUAAAGUGCUGGUGCAGGCACGUCAAGAUCUCGGUAAGCCGCUCGUGGCUGCCGGCAAAGCCUCGUAUCCGGGCGUCUAUGGCUCGGUUCUACACUUACACAUGCUUCAAGAGCUCGAGAUGAUUCGGUCGCACGCUCGAACAAACGCGGGCGAUCGGGUCGGAGCGCUGACAAGAGCCGUGGCAUCCGACACCGUCUCGGACCUCAAUCGAUCGCUCACUGCAAGACUCAACGCAACGCUGCCCUCCUUCCGAACGCAAGAGCCGCUGCUGAGCCUGCGGAGGACUGCCUUCGCAGCGCUGCCUUCCUCAUCGGGGACAGGGAAGGAAGUGGGCGAGGCGUGGAUCGCCACGGCCAAAAUUGCUCGUCGUGCGGGCCAUAUGCAGGCGGCCUACUCUGCGACUCUCCAGGCCGGGCAGAAUCAGGCCACGUUUGCCUUUGUUCAGAGGGUGAAGAUCCUAGCCAAGGAGGAGAAGACGCACGAGGCCAUCCGUGACCUGGUCAACUCGCUCAACAUUUUGACCAGCACCUUCAAGCCGGGUCAGAUCGGCGACAUGUCCAAUACAGGCUUUAUCGAGUUGCAGAAGAUGGAUUCCGAUGGCAGGACGAUGCGAGUCGACCGUUCGACAUUCGCCAAAGCGUGCCUCCUCCGCGCACGGCUGCAGGACUCGACCUUCCGGUACACUGCUGGCGAGAUCCUGGACCGGUACAAGGAGGCCGCCAAGGAGCAAAACGAUUCAGAGAAGAUGUGGUACCAUCUAGGCCACUUCCAAGACACCCACGAGGGUUUGCUACCCAGCAUGACGAUGCAACGCUACAACGUGUGCCGAGCCUUUUUACGCUCGGCUCAAGUUGGCACCAAGUUCUUCUAUCGCACGCUUCCGAGGGUGCUGACGAUUUGGAUGGACCUGGCUGCGGACGAAAAGAUCCUAACUCACAGCAAAAAAGGCAGCAGCAGCAAUCCGGAAUUGGCGCAGAAGGUGGAUGCGUUCCUGCAGCUGAACGCGCUCAUGAAGAAGUUUAGCCGACGACUCAAGCCUUUCCAGUGGCUCGCCGUAUUUCCGCAGCUCGUCGCCCGCAUCGUCCAGAAGAACGAGGAUGCCUGGAUGGUGCUGCAGGAUAUGAUCCUCCAAGUGCUGUUGGCGUACCCACAGCAGGCCAUGUGGUCGAUGGUGGCAGGUGCCAGCUCGAAAGACGCGGAACGGAAGAAGCGCUACAGCGAGAUGAUCCACAGGCUCAACGCUAAGAGCGGCUCGAGCCACAAAGAGGUGAUCAAGGUGGUCUCGUCUUCGCAGCGACUUGCCAAGGAGCUUUUGCGGCUCUGCGACUACAAUGUCAAUAAGAACGAGACAGUGCUCAGCAUGGACAAGAUGUUCCCGGGUCUGCUGGAGGUGGCCAACGCAUCGGAGCUGUUGUUGCCUCUGCAGAGCUCCAUGACGGUGCUGCUACCUUCGAAUCACCUGAUCUCGGAGGAGCAUCGCCCGUUUCCGAGCAAUCUGCCGACGAUCAUGACCUUCGAGGAUACCAUCGAGGUGAUGAACAGUCUGCAGAAACCUCGAAAGGUGAUGAUCGUCGGCAACGACGGCAACCGCUACCCAUUCCUUUGCAAGCCCAAGGAUGAUCUGCGCAAGGACGCGCGGCUGAUGGAGUUCGAUUCGAUGAUCAACAAGCUUCUUCAAAGUCAGCCCGAGUCGCGUAAGAGGAAGCUGUACGUGCGAACGUACGCGGUGCUGAUCCUCAACGAGGAGCACGGGCUGAUCGAGUGGGUGCCGCACACGGUGGGCUUCCGGCACAUCCUGACCAAGCUGUACAACGCCAAGGGGAUGCAGAUCUACACUUCGGAAGUCAAGACCAACAUGGACGAGGCGCGCCUGGCGCCGGACACGAGGACGACCGAAAAGAUCUUCCAGGACCGGGUGCUGGCUAAGUUUGCUCCCGUCUUUCACGAGUGGUUCCUGGCCACGUUCCCAGACCCGACAGCGUGGCUGCAGGCGCGUUCAGCGUACGCGCGAACAGCAGCAGUCAUGUCGAUGGUUGGAUUUGUGCUGGGUCUCGGAGACCGUCACGGCGAAAACAUUCUGUUCGACUCGAACAGCGGCGACACGGUACACGUCGACUUGAACUGCCUUUUCGACAAGGGGCAGCGAUUCGAGAUUCCUGAACGAGUGCCGUUCCGACUGACGCAAAACAUGGUGGACGCGAUGGGCGUCACAGGCUGCGACGGCGUUUUCCGCAAGAGCGCCGAGAUCACGAUGGGCAUCCUGCGCGAUAAUCGCGAUUCGUUGAUGAGCGUGCUGGAAGCCAUGGUACACGACCCGCUGGGCGAAUGGAGUGUGCCGGAGGACCGCCAUCGAGCCAAGGGCUCCAGCCGCAAGAGCGAUGUGCGGGCCGAUGAUCCGCGGGUGGUGGAAGCGCGACGUGCGCUGGACCCGGUGGCCAACAAGCUCGACGGACGACUGUACCGUCUGGGAUCGCGCGAGCCUUCACCACCUUACUCGACCAACAACCUGGUCGAUGCACUGAUCAAGGAAGCCACGAGCUCGCGCGAGGCAGCGACGCGCUUCGACGAUGCGGAGAAUAUUCGGGCCUCGUCAGGCCAACAAGUGAACGUAGGCCGGGACGAAGCCGAGUCUCGACAGCUUCGGAUGUACCACAGUCAUACCUGA